CCCUGCCACAGAUGGUGGAUGCACUGCCCUUGGUGUUUAUAGAGUGCGACUAAGCUCAUCUCCUGCGCCUAAUCAUGUCAUUGUUGGACAUUUAAUCCUAUAACAAGGCAUUAGUACCAAGUGCUUGACAUCCAGUCCCUCUCCUAGCACAGCCCGCCGCAGCCACCGGACACACAAUGAGGCCUCUGCUUCUACUCAGCCUUGUCCUCUCGCUACCCCUGGGCAGCAAAGCCCUGCGAUGUUACAGCUGCGUGGCUUCCAGCGAGGAGGAAUGUUACAAGCAGGGCUCUCACGUUUGCCCACAGUACGCCGAAGUCUGCUCCACCAUCACUGCCCCAAACAGUGUCAUCAAGUCUUGCUCCUACAAAUCCUUCUGUGACCAUGCUCGGCAAAGUGGGAAUGGGGCCAGCGUUGAAUGCUGCUUCUCUGAUGACUGCAAUGGCCCAGCCAAAGGAAACACUGCCGGGCUAAAGAACUCUGCCAGCUGCGCUGCUCUUCCUCCUCUCUUCCUCACCGCAGCGCUGCUCACCCUCAGGGCACUGUGAGACCCAUACAGUAGGAUGGGCUGCCUUUGUACAUACCACUGGCAAUUCAGGUGCAGCUGUGUCAUCUGAAAAUAGUUCCUAUUAAGAUCCAAAUAUAUAAAAUGCUUAUUACUAUCAUAUGUAUUGCUCUCAGAUAAUGUACAUAUUGCCCAUUUAAUAAUGCUUUGUAUGUUUUUCUAAAAAUUAUAAUGAACAGGAUGUGCUGUAUAAUGAUACUGAGUAUCUCUUUACACUGACAAAUAUGAUUGGGCUGCUCUGUAUAAUGAUGAUGAGUAUCUUUAGACACUAAUAACUAACAGACUGAACUGUAUAAUCAUGCUGAGUAUCUCUAUACACUGAUAACGACCAGGCUGCUCUGUAUAAUGAUGAUGAGUAUCUCUAUACACUGAUAAUGACCGGGCUGCUCUGUAUAAUGAUACCGAGUAUCUCUAUACGCUGAUAAUGACCAGGCUGCUCUGUAUAAUGAUACUGAGUAUCUCUAUACGCUGAUAAUGACCAGGCUGCUCUGUAUAAUGAUGAUGAGUAUCUCUAUA